UCCUGAAAGCGGCUCCGGGGCGGCGCGGUGGCGCACUGUGCGCGCCGAGCAGGCGGAGGGCUAGCGCCGAAGGCUGCGGUGGUGGCAGCGGCGCUGGCAGUCAAAGCCGACAGAAGCUGCGUCUCAGCACCGGCAGUCCCGGCGGCUUUGGUCUAGGGGACCUUUCGGUCUCUUCUCUGUCCCUCGCUCUACGCCUGGGGUAGGCGCGGCGGCCGUCCCGGAAGAGGCAACUGAAAGACCUUCCAACCAGACCACCCCCACCCCCACCCCCGAGAGAAAGCGGCGGAAGCUCGAAGAGUUGGUGGGUGCGAGACGAAUACUCCGACGAGGAGGAGACUGUCGCCGUCGUCCCCAUUCGUGGUCCCGGCGAUGAGGGAGCAGCGGGCCCCGCGGGAACUUUGAAAGCGUUGGGUCCCAGGGUGUGAGGGCUGCAGGCUCCCGGGGACUCCGGAGUCUUGGCCCCAACGUCAGUGGCGUAAGCGUCUCAGAACCCGCCCGGACUCCAGCGCCGCCAGAGAGGAAGUUCUUUGCAACUUCGUCCGAGACGUCGGCGAGCCGAGAGGAGAGAAGCUGAAGGGGCACGUCCGAGCCCAGAGACUCAAAGCAGCAGAGAGAGAAAGGAUCCGGUGGACACAGAGGGAUCGAGGAGAGACUCCAGAGGCAGCGAGGCCGCGGAACCAGCCUGGCCGCCCGCGGGCCUCGCUGCCCCCCGAGUGAAGUCAAGGGCUGUGUGUCCCACAGGCCUCCUUAGAGCCGCUCCUACCGGCGGCCGGGCGGGGGGGGCUCCAGGCGGUCCCGGAGGCGGGCCCCUGAACUAUGCCCCCGAAGCUGCGGGUGCCUUGGCCGCAGCUACCCCGGGCCGGGUGCGGAGCCGCCGCCUGAGCCAGCCCCGGAGGGAAGCCACCGGGAGUUGGGCGCACAGCUCCCGGCCGGACUGCACUAGCGCCGUUUCCCGCCUCUAGGCGCAGCUCUCGGCGAUCCCCGGCAGAGCGGCUCUGAGAGAGGCCCCGAAGCUCCAGCGGUGUUUUCUGAACCCAGCUCGCACAGUUCCCGGCCUGGCGGCGCGGCUCCGUAGCCUCGCUGGGCAGCCCCUUGGCGCCGGGAGGCGGCAGCGUGGGCCGGCCUGCAGUCUGGAGCGCCCCGAUGGAAAUACACUGACAUGGAGGAGUGAAUCAGCUUGGGGGGGUUUUUGUGAAUGGACGGCCACUCCCGGAUGUAGUCCGCCAAAGGAUAGUGGAACUUGCUCAUCAAGGCGUCAGGCCCUGCGACAUCUCCAGGCAGCUUCGAGUCAGCCAUGGUUGUGUCAGCAAAAUUCUUGGCAGGUAUUAUGAGACAGGGAGCAUCAAGCCUGGGGUAAUUGGAGGAUCCAAACCAAAGGUCGCCACACCCAAAGUGGUAGAAAAAAUCGCUGAGUAUAAACGCCAAAAUCCCACCAUGUUUGCCUGGGAGAUCAGGGACCGGCUGCUGGCGGAACGGGUGUGUGACAACGACACGGUGCCCAGCGUCAGUUCCAUCAACAGGAUCAUCCGGACAAAGGUACAACAGCCACCCAACCAGCCGGUCCCAGCGUCCAGUCACAGCAUAGUGUCCACGGGCUCCGUGACGCAGGUGUCCUCGGUGAGCACGGACUCGGCGGGCUCCUCCUACUCCAUCAGCGGCAUCCUGGGCAUCACAUCCCCCAGCGCCGACACCAACAAGCGCAAGAGAGACGAAGGUAUUCAGGAGUCUCCCGUGCCGAACGGCCACUCACUGCCAGGCCGAGAUUUCCUCCGGAAGCAGAUGCGGGGAGACCUGUUCACGCAACAGCAGCUGGAGGUGCUGGACCGCGUGUUUGAGAGGCAGCACUACCCGGACAUCUUCACCACCGCGGAGCCCAUCAAGCCUGAGCAGCGGUGCCCCGCGCUGAUGAGACAGUACUUGGUGCAGCCCCAGGCCGCCCUUUUCCAGACCGCCGAUUAUUCCACCAUGGCCUCGCUGGCAGGAGGGCUGGAUGACAUGAAGGCCAACUUGACCAGUCCCACCCCCGCUGACAUCGGGAGCAGUGUGCCUGGGCCGCAGUCUUACCCCAUUGUGACAGGCCGUGACUUGGCGAGCACGACCCUCCCUGGGUACCCUCCACACGUGCCCCCCGCUGGACAGGGCAGCUACUCGGCGCCGACGCUGACGGGGAUGGUGCCUGGGAGUGAGUUUUCCGGGAGCCCCUACAGCCACGCUCAGUACCCCUCGUACAACGACUCCUGGAGGUUCCCCAACCCGGGGCUGCUCGGCUCCCCGUACUAUUACAGCGCUGCUGCUGCCAGAGGAGCCGCCCCGCCCACAGCUGCCACUGCCUACGACCGCCACUGACCCCCAGAGCCAGGCAGGCGCCAAGCAUUUCUGACACAUAUCACUGAAGGCCAUAGCCUCCCAGCCCCCUCCAAACACAGCCAGAGGGGCCCAAUGAGACCAUCCCCCCCAGCAACCCCCCACUCGCCAGAAACUCCCUCCCGCAUUUCCUGCCAGGGACUCCAGGGUCUAUGAUAGAGCUAUUGGACUUCUAGACACCUGUCCAUUUCUAAGGUCAACCCAUGAGCUUCUCCCGGUGGUGACUGCAAACCGACAGAGUGUUCUGCAGACAACCACAGCCCCAGCAUAGCCUGCCAGCACCCCCACCCCACCCCCACACCCCGAGCUGUCUGACCGUCCACCCUUCUUCCUGCCCCAGGCCCGGAAGGGGAAGUUUGCUUUCGUUGCUUCAACAGCACCCGUGUAAAUACCUUCUUGCUUUUUUUGUGGGGCCUGAGGGUCCAGCUGAGCAGACUGCCCACCCAUUUUGCAUCCAGCAUUCCGGAAGUGUCACAGGAGGACUUGGACCUGUGCACAGAGCCACUGAUUUGCCCUGGGUACCCCCGAAGGUGGGUUUGGAGGUGCCCUUGAGACUAAGGAUGCCCACCUCCCGACCCCAGUCUCCACUUAUGCUACUUCUUUAAUAUCUGGACUAAGAGUCUCAUUGGGUUGGUUUUGCUCUAAGUACCCCCCUCCCCCAAGACCCCUUCCUGGCUUCCUGCCCCCAUUUCCCUGGGCCCAAUGCAGUGCAAGCAGCUCUUUUCUGUAUCAAAGGACUCACAAGAGAACUGUCUAGGAGAUUCCUCAGCUACUGUUCUAAAGUGAGAUGGCAUCCAAGAUACCAAUUGCAUUGUGGACUUGGAACGUUAGGGCGGGAUGAGACCCAGAAGAUGAUGGUCCAAGGUGGAGCAUGAGGCUCUCCAGACCCCCUGCCCUUGGACCACUGAACUGAACUGGGAUGUGUUUACUAAGGUGUGCCAGGCUCAAAUCACAUUGGACACCCACCACGGACACUUCUCCCACCUUCCAAGACGCCAGAGAGUGGAUUCAGGGCAAGCCUGUCCCUGCCACGUAGACAGUGAUUAACAGAAAGGACUUUGUCUGGACCAAGGACCACAAACACCUUCAGCAGUCAGCCAGAACUUCCUGAGCAGCCCCUCUCCAUCUCAUUGAGCCUACUAUGCAGCUGGGAACCAAGGUGCUCGGGUAGGGGCGGAUGCCUGCUUUGCAUUGUGGGUACCUGCCUGCUGAUACAAGGGGCUGUGAUGGUCAGGCCAUGGCCAAGGGCCUUGGGAGCCUGGAGUGGGAGUUGGGAGAACUCAUUGUGGGCUGGAGUGGUCAGAAAAAGCGACCUGGGAGGAUCUGGGGAGCAGAGGAAAGCUUCCUAGAACGGGACAGGCAGUGAGGAACUAUUGUGUGAACUGGGAGUGGUUUUGAAAUGGAGGUACCAGGGGCCACCAUCUCUUUGCCUUGGGCCUCUAUUCCUUGCAUACUAUCUCUUGCCCACUCAGAACAGCCAGGUAGAGGCGUCAUCCAAAUCUGGACUGAAUGAUGGCCGUGACAGCGGACCUGGCCGUCUCCUGUGACAAUGUGCCCGAUGUCUGCAUGUCACCAGGCUGGCAAGGAGCUGGGGUGGAGAGAGCCCAUGCUUGACGUCAUCAGGCCCAAGAGGUCUUGUCCUGGCUGUACCUUUGCCUGCCUUGCUGUGGGUCCUCAGGCAAGACCUUCCACCUCUCUGAGCCUCGGCUGCCUUGGUCCAGCAGGGUUCCCCUGCAGGACGACCCGUCAGCUCUCUCUCCCUCCCUUACUUCCUCUGCCCGUUUGCUGGGGCUAUGACAGGGGCAUCUGGGGCAGGCCCUCCACUUCUGAGCAAGAAGACUGGGGCACCUGAGUCCUGCUAAUAUUUGGACCAAGUUUUUAAAAAAAGAACACCUAGAGGGGUGGAAAUCAGCUUGGAGGAAGGCAUAAGUCAGCUCCCCUCAGGGGAAACUGAGGCCUCGCUCGGGGAGACCUAGGACCAGGCAGGGAGACAGAGCAGACCUUCUCUGACCACCACCACAUGUCCCCCCGCCAUCACAAUACCCCUAUAAGAAGGGGAAACCGAGGCUCGGCAAGGUGGAGUCCCCAGGCAGCAACUGGUGAAGAUGAGGCUUGGGCUCAGCCCCCUGACUCUUGGCUUGUAGUGAUCCUCCUUCCCUGGGGUGGGAAGUUGAUGGUGAGGGCGCAGGAGACGGUUCUGGGCCACCUCCUCAGACCAUGUAUCCUGGGGCUGUUAGAACCGCCAAGGAAGCCCAGUCCCCAGGGCAGAGGUGGCCCCAGUGGGCUCACCGCGGGCACACCCCCCAUCCUGAAACCUGCUGUGCAAAGAAAGGAGGCAGCUUGGGCCAGCGCCCACCUCCAGGAGCCCAGAUGAACCGGCUCGCACCUCCAUCUGCCAGGCAGGAUAGGAGCAGGUAUGUCACCGGGACCCUCCCACCUUCCCUCCCUUCCAGAGAAAGUGGUGGAGUCUGGGGUCUGUAGCACAGGCCUCUUGGCCUCCGGCACCCACACCCUUGUAUCCUGACGCUCCUGUGGUCUCAGGCUGUUGGGAGGAGGUCACGUUUCCCUGAACUGGCUACCUAAGUGCACACUAUCCUUUCUCACCAAAGCCCACCUGGCCCCAAGUGUACCCCUCUCCCCAUCCUGCUCCUCCUCCUGACCUGUGAUGAGCUCCCUCCAUGCCUUUCCUCUCUCCUCUGGAGUCCUCAGAUUGCAUUUGUAUUGAUUAGACAAGCACUUGGUUCCUGGGCUGCCAGGCAGAAGCAUAGGCGUACACACAAGCACAUGUAUGUUCCCACCACGGACCUGAUCUCACCACUGAGUUCCCACACUGCCUGCAGAGCUGCCUAGGAGCUUGGAGUGGAAGCUUCCAAAGGACACAAGCCGAGAAUUCUGAAUGGAAAACACGAGGCCAGGGCUUUCACCAGCAUCGGGGCAGGAGGCCGGGGGCGUUGCUCCAUGCGCCUUCAGCCCCGUGUUCCAGCCCUUUUUGAAAAGGACAUUGUAGAUUUUACAAAAAAUUUUCAUAUCAUCACUCUAUCUGCAACCUAGAAAAAUCUGAUGACAUAUCAAAUCCACAUCCCUUUCCCAAGGCGCCUUAGUUAGGGUUCGCCCUUUCAUAUCUGAUGUUUGUAUGGUGCUUUGCAAUCCUUGACCAUCCCUUGGGGCAAAGAUCACAAUGCCCAUUUUAUAGAUGGGAAAAGUGAGAGGCUUACAUGACAAGACAGAGGUGAAGAGAAUGCUCAGAUUUCCCGGCUUCAUUCUCUCUCCAGAUUCAUGCUCCUGUCAUGGGAAUGUUUGGCUUAGAAACACCCUUCAGUCUCCUAGAAACCCCAAGACCUGCAGUGAGGAAAGAAAAAACAGUGACUCAGAAGCUGGCAUGGUGGAGGGGCCUGGUGACUUUGCUGGUCCAACUUGAUUCCCAUUAACAUUGAAAAAAUGCAAGGUCUUUGCCAGAUCCACACCAACACUUCUGAGGUUUCAUCCCUAUUCCUUCCCUGCUGUGCCUGAGACUCAGCAGGCAUGGGAACUCACCCAAGGCCUGACAGGGCCUGCACGUGGGCCCGGCUCUAACUCUCAGGGCCCCGGGCGCCAGUGUCAGGAGAGAUGUUCCCACAUUCCUCUUUUCUUUGUCCUUCUUCUUAUGGAACAGACUCCAAACCUGGCUGUGACAUUAUGCAGUAGUCCCCAGAUUUGGACCAUCAGGGGUGCCCGCAGCCUUGGGAAGCAACUGUCACCAUAUCAAGAGCCCUGGAGCAGCUGCUUCCUGGGCCGGGCAGGUGGGGUGACCAUGUCACUUCUCCAGGGCAGAGGCAUCCUAGCUGGUGGGUGCUUGCCCGACCCAAUGGCAUUCAAGUGUGAGAACUUUAAAAUGCUCUGUCAGCCAAAAAAAAAGUCUGGGUGAAGUUUGACCCAUGGGUCACCAGCUUGUGGACCCCCCCCCCCCCCGCCCCCAGUCUUUAAUCAGUGCCUCCCUUCUUCACCUCCUACCACGGGAUGUGGUCGGGAUAGGGGACUGUUGGCUUUGAGGGGAGGUCAGUGCUGCCAGGGUCUUUCACAGGUCCGGGGAAGCACCCCAGAUGUGGCCACAGGGGAGCUGAAGAUGAAAUCUCUUUACAAGAAGUCACAUCCCUGAUGCCCUGCCGUGGCAGCCUCUGGCUCCAGCCUCCCUCUUCUGGGUGAUACUUCAGUUAGAAUUUUGCUCCAAGCCGUGGAGAGCAAACGUUGAAAACAAACCAAGCACUCCUGACAAAUACUUGGAAACGAGCUAGGUCUGAGACACAGCUGCCACAAGGGUAAAGAAGAAUCCAGGCCCCUGGACUGGCCAGGGCCAGGCCAGCGUGGGUGGAUCCACAGCCCUGCAGGAGAGACCAGCUCCCUGACGUUCCUGCUAAGAGGCGGCCCUGCGGCCUUGGCCUCACCAACCCAGGAGCCCACCACUGAUGGUUUCCAGGCACGCACACUGGUGCUGCUAGAGAAUGUAUUCCUUUAGUUCUUUGGGCCUCGGAGAGGUCCAAGGCAAGCACAUUUCAUAAAAGGUAACAAAAUACAUUACUGAAAAGUUGGACAGUCAGGCCAUGACUCCUAGCCUGCAUUCUGCCCCACCUCCCGGCAGCCCCUUCGGCCCCUUGUCCCUCGUUGUCCCCGAAACUCAGGAUUCCCUCUUGCAUAUUCAUGGUGGAGCUGCGGUGUUGAUCCACCUUCCCCACUGUCAGCAAGGCUGCGCCUCCAAAGUGGCGGCCAGGUCCCAGGGGGCCGACCGGGAGCAAGUCCCCUGCCAGCCCGCUCUCCUGACGAGGGGGCUGCAGCCUCUCUGACAGGGCGCUUCUUGCCGGGAGCAGGCAGGCACCAGCUGAUCUUUCAUUCGCUGUAAUUUCUCAACACGGGGUCCUGUUCCUGGACUCCCCCUCCCCCAAUCAAAGGGGACCUCGGGGUGACAUCCCUACCAUUCUAGAGUUUCAAUCCACAUGUUCCCAGGGGUUCUGUUAGCUCACCUCCAAGGGUAAACAGAACUACCAUUCAGUAAGUCUGUUCUUCCCACAUCUUAAGACUCCUGGGCCACACGAGGAGAAAAUGCAGCUGUUUAUCCAUUUAUUGAGGGAAUCUUGAUGAAUUCUAAAAGGGAGUUGGUCUCGGGUGGUAUAUUUGGCCUCUGGGCCAGAGGGAAAGGGCAGGAAUUCUGCCCCUCAGCUUUGGCAACGCUGAGCAUGGCAGGGAGGGACUACUUGGGAGUUGGGGGCCCCCCUCCUGGACUCUGAGGACUGGCUGGAGGAGGCCCGCCUACAGCCUCACUCGUCCCAGCCUGGGCCCACCCACUGCAGCCCCAGCGCUGCUCUUAUCCCCACGGUCACCACGCUCGUGGCCACAUCCCCCAUCUUCUCCAAAAGCACCGUAAAGAACAAGUGAUUUUGGAUGAUGGAUUGUUGAUUUACAAACAGUGCAUUUCCCUUGGAGUGGAACAGAAAGGAAACCCAUUUAAUGGCUCCCUUAUUUUCAAGCAUGAAUACAUUUUAAUGAAACUAUUUUAUUGUAUUUGAGGAAAUGGAGAGUUGAACAUUCCAACCAAUCAAUAGCCAAUUAAUUGCUAUAAAGCUAAAAGAAAAUAAAUAAGUCCUGAGUCUAUUUUCAACACCCUGCAAAGCUCAGAGCCUCCAAGUCUGGCCUUGGCCUUCAUACGUGCCCAUGUGAGUGUGCACACACACUCGCACCCCGACACCUCAGACGUACUUGAAACUCAGAGGGAGCACUGAGUCUUCUCGUGCCAGUUCUUGCCUGCUCUUCUUGCCUGUGGUCAGAGGAGGCGAGCAGACCUGGCAGGAGCCUGUCCUGGGGCUCAGGAAGGGGCAGGCCCGUGCCCGGAUCCGAGCUGCAGCACAGUGUGGGGUGGGGGCGGUGAGACGCCGUUUCUCGCGCCCAGCCUUUGGGCCUCCAAGUUUGGGCCGAGGGUGGAAAUCCGACUCGGGUUUUGCCCUGACUCUUGCUGGAAGAUGCUGCCCUGGUUUUUCAGUCUCUAGUGGCCUUGGACAUUGAGUAUUUGUAGAAAUGCAGAUUACAUUGCAAAUGGAACUCAUUGCCAGGCAGACACAUGGAUUUUUGCUUUUCAUUCUUUGAGACAGUUGACUGUCUUAGGGACUGACCUUCCAGCAUCAAAAAAAAAUACAUAUCUACUGUUACCGCCAAAGUUUGUGAUGCCUGCAUAGAUGCUUACUUGUUAAAAAAAAAAAAAAAGUACAAAAAAAGAACAAAAAAACCACAAAAAACAAACAAAAAAUACCACAAUUGAAUUGCCUUUGAAAGUGGGAGAUGAUGUCUCCAACAGAUUGAAAAAAAAAUGCUUCUUAAAAAUGUGUAUGUUUUGUAUUCUUUUUUUCUAGUAGAAAAUAAUUGACUUGAAAUAUUGGUGUUUUUUUUUUUUUCCUUAGUGAUGUGUGUUGCUUUUGUGUGUAAUAAUAUUUGAAUGUAAUUACAGCAGUGCCAAUUUGCCAAAGAUGUCAGACAUAUUUUUCUUUUGUUGGGAGGAGGGCAGGGGCUGGGGUGGGACUGGGGAAAAAAGAGGGGUGGGAUUUUGGUUUCAUUUUUAAAAUUUUUUUCUCAUUGAACCUGGAAUUUGUGGUUUUAUUCUAAGUUAAAUGAUUGACCGCAACACCUUUAUUUUAGAUUAGUUGGACAAACUUGCAAUAAGAUUGGCGUAGUUUCAAUAUCUGUGUGUCUUUUCAUGAGUGACUGUUCCUAGUGAAGAAUUGAUUUUAUGUAACCUUUAUGUGAGAUAAUUAUUUGUAAAUAUUUGCCAUAAUUUUAUUGGUUCCUAAAAUAAAAGUAAUUUUUUAAGUUCAGAAAAAA